GGUAUAAAAACCUUUUUUUUUUGGUUGCUUGCUCUCCCCAAUUCCCAAUACAUUUCCCCCCAUCAUACAUGUAUAUAUAGAAUAAAGAAUCUUGAUUACUUUAUAUUCUGUAAAAGCACCUCUUCACAUUCUUGUUUUGUUUCAGCUUCUUAGCCGGUUGUUAAUCAAACGACAGUGAGUGGGAACUAGUUAAAACAAAAGCUAGUGAAGUUCUUAUUCGGCUAUACGAGGCAAAUACCAUGUUGUGUUGGUUUCAGCCAAGGUCCUUUUCCGAGAAAAGCAGAUGCAAAGCAGGCAAAGAAGAUGACAAAAGUAAAUUUAGGCUCAGAAAAGCAUAAGGAAGAAGAAAGCCAGGAAAAAAAGCGAGAUAAAAUGCCGAACACACCCGAGUCGAGCAGCAAAAAAUCUGUGAAAAAGCUAGGCUCAGAAAAGCAUAAGGAAGAGGAAAGCCAUAAAGGAAAACGAGAUAAAAUGCCAAAAACACCCAAGUCAAGCAGCAAAGAAUCUGUGAAGAAGUUAGGCUCGGAAAAGCAUAAGGAAGAGGAAAGCCGAAAAAGAAAGCGAGACAAAAUGCCGAACACAUCCAAGUCAAGCAACAAAAAAUUUGAGUCUGGACCUUCGUUGAGCAAAUCACCCGAAAGGGCAAAAAUCAACCCCUCACUUUCACAGAAAACUAAGAAAAGAUCCGCUGAAGCCCAAAAUGAUGGUCUCAAGGAAAAGAGCAGGUCCAUGGAUGAAUUGACCGCUUCAGCUAAAAAAUAUACACCAAGUGCACGCCGAGUGAAAGUUAUGCGCGAGCUUGGUUUGAUGGCUCCUUCUGGGUCUCCAUUUUGUACAAGGGAACAUAUUCCUACUCCUCCAAAAUCCCCAAUUAUUCCAAAGGGACGUGUUUCUGCUCCUAAAAAGUCUCCAUCUAAUCCUAAGUGGUGUCUUCCCGCAAUUAAGACAAUAGUUGUUUGUGGUCUACCUGCUGCAGGAUCCGCUGAUCAUGUUACAAAGUAGCUUUCGUUUCUCAACUGUUUGAUCCCCGGUAACUCAGAGUUAGAUAUCUACCUAAACUACCAAUGUAGUGCUGAAGUGUCAUUAGAGCUAUACAAGAGAGGGAUUAGGGAUUACAAGUUAGUGGGUGCGGAGUACUAGCACCCACUUUUGUUUUAAAGUUAGCAUUUAGAGAUACAUUUAGAACAUCUACAAUUACAUGUAUACCCAAACAAAAGACAGUGUGUACAGGUACAACCCCUGCCGCUAGAUCCACCCAUAUCUAUGGUGAUAUUGUUAUACAAAUUGUAGAAAUGCACAUUUGUUUCCCUUUAGGUGUUCCCCUGCAUAGUGAAUGUGGCCAAAACAAUGUUAACUUAGCACUUUUUUGUGUGAAUGCCUUAAUGGGAUUUAUUUGCUCCUGGGCCUAGAGUAA